GUGUAAUGAAUUCUUUUUUAAUAAACGUAACAACAUGUAAUUAUAUUAUAUAUUAGUUCAAUACUUUUAGUUUUGCGUACACAUUUAUCAUGUAUCGAAAUAACCAAACAAAGGGUUUCAAACCUGUUUUAAAAUGCCAACAAUCAAUGGACGAUAAGACCAAGGAGAAUUUAGAAAAUGAUAAAUCGUUGGAAAAUCUAAAUGAAAUUACUUGUAGAAGUACUACGAAAAUUCUUAAUUUAUUCAAAAGACCAAUCGAGAAUUGUAACAAAGAAGUACUCGAAAAAGAUGAUUCGACCAAGACGAACGAAAACAAUUCGGGCGACGGAGAAAAUUCACCUUCUGUUAUUGAUAACAAUUCUUUGUCUAGUAUUUUCAACGUAGUAAUUGGUAAAAAAUCCACAAGAAAACAUAAAAAAUGGGAUGAUGAUGGAACUUUGGAAGUUACAGGAAAACACGCAAUUUUGAAGGAUUCAGAAGGCAAGAUUAUUCAUAGGAAAGUGGUUAAUCCAGAAACACUUGUGGAAGGUGGUAGAUUAUAUUUUGAUAAUAAAGAGAUUGAGAUUAUUGAUAGAGCAACAUCAAGGCAAUUAUUGUCAAAUGAGUCGGUCAAAGAGUUAAUUCCAGAGCCACCCAGAAAAAAGUUAAAAACUUCAAGUUCCAGUGUAUGCCUUCCCUUUGGAUCUUUAAAAAAAGGGCUCAAAUUAACAUGCAAUUCUUUGGUAAUGCCUUCUUUGAAUACUUCAAGAAAUUGGAUGGAAAAUGAUAUUCCAGAAAAGGAGGAAGAAGUGUCUGUUGAUGCAUGUUUAGUAAAUGUACUUAGACCACAUCAACGUUAUGGUAUUGUAUUUUUAUAUGAAUGCAUCAUGGGUUUGAAGGUACCUAAUUGCUCUGGUGCAAUUUUGGCUGAUGAAAUGGGCCUUGGUAAAACAUUACAAUGCAUUACAAUUAUUUGGACACUGUUGAAAAAGGGACCGUAUGGAAAACCAGUAUUGAAAUAUGUAUUAAUAGUAACUCCUAGUAGCCUAUGCAAUAACUGGAACAAAGAAUUUGGACACUGGCUGGGUUUUCAUAGAAUCUGCCCAUAUGUUGUAAAUGCCAAAAACAAACUGAAAGAUUUCAAAAAGCAAAUGAAAAAUUCAAUAAUGAUUGUUAGUUAUGAUAUGCUUAUUAGAUGUCAAGAAGAACUUGAACAAAUGACCUUUGAUUUAAUUGUGUGCGAUGAAGGUCAUAGAUUGAAAAAUAAUGAUAUUAAAGCAGCAAAGAUAUUAAACAACAUGAACUGCAAAAGGAGAAUUCUCUUGAGUGGAACCCCUGUACAAAAUGAUUUACGAGAAUUUUUUGCCCUACUUGAUUUCGUAAACCCGGGUAUAUUGGGUAGCAAUCACGAGUUUAAAAAUUAUUAUGAAAAUCCUAUUGUAGCUUCACAAUGCCCUCACGCGCCUGACAGCGUUGUAUCUCUGGGAAUAGAAAGGGCCAAUGAAUUAAAUGAAAAAACCAAGUAUUUCGUUUUAAGACGAACACAAGACACAAUUAAUAAAUAUUUACCACCUAAGCACGAGCUAGUUGUAUUUUGCCGUUUAUCGAACGAACAGGAACGUCUAUAUUCUCUCGUUACAGACGCUUGGUUUAAUACAACUGCACUACCAAAUAACAGCAUUCCACAUCUGACAGUAAUAACAGUUCUCAAAAAGAUCUGUAACCAUCCUGACUUAUUUUACAACGAGAAGAAUGAUUUUUUGCAUAACGUAAAUGUAAAUAAAAUUUCCCAAAUAAAAAAUUCUGUAAGCACUUCGAAAAAUGCAUAUUGUGGAAAAAUUUCGGUUGUACAAACAUUAAUGAGAAAUUUAAAGGAGACAGAUGAAAAAUUAGUCUUGAUUUCGUACUAUACGCAAACGCUUGAUGUAUUGGAAACUGUUUGUAACGCAGAAAGUAUGAAGUUUCUCAGAUUAGAUGGUAGUACACCAAACAGCUCAAGACCUAAGAUCAUUGAACAGUUCAAUUCUAAAAUUGAUAACAGCAAAAUAUUUUUAUUAAGUGCAAAAGCUGGUGGGGUUGGAUUAAAUUUGCCUGGUGCAUCUAGAUUGAUAUUGUUCGACUCAGAUUGGAAUCCAGCAUCCGAUUCUCAAGCCAUGGCGCGAAUUUGGCGAGAUGGGCAAAAAAAAGAUGUUUAUAUAUUACGAUUACUAACAACAGGUACCAUUGAAGAAAAAAUCUUUCAAAGACAAAUUAGUAAAGCAGGCUUAAGCGAAACUGUGAUGGAUCUGAAUUACUUUACUUCCCUAAAAUUGUCUAUGAGCGAAUUAAAGGACCUGUUUACAUUAACGACAGACACAAAAUGUUCAACUCACGAUUUAAUGAAAUGUGAUUGCAAUGGUUAUAAAAAAAUGGAGAAGAAAGUAGAAAAAUCGGAUCACGAAGACAUACGAGAACAUCAAUUAAUAUUAGAAAAUAAAACGCCUCAACAAAAUUUAACGAUAAAUCAACUUUUAGAAUGGGAGCAUUAUCAACAACCAGUUCCAGAUGAACUGAUGCAGGAAAUCAUGUUAUCAGAAAUGUCUGAUCAUGUAACGUUCUUAUUUAAAAAUUCCAUUUUA